GAUGAGAAAAGCAACCAUUUAAUGAGCCAGCGGGAUAAAUGACUUUUAUAUUUUUAAGCGCCGCGGCUAGAUUUCCCCCCGGUGGCGCUUAAAAUAUUUAAUUAAAAAAAAUUGAAGUCAUCUGUCCUGACAGCUCAUGAAAUGGUUGCGUGAGGCGAGGAACGUGAUGGAUUGAGCGGGCGAGCGGGCGGCCGGGCCGGGCCUUCCUGUGAGCGGAAGCCGACGGUGCCGUGGGCCCGGCUCCCUUCUUCCCCGCUCACUCCCUCACGUUCCCUCCUUCCCCACUGCUCCGUCUGCCGCCAUGCGAGUGAAGGUGAAGCGCUGGAACGCCAUCGCCACUUGGUUCUGGGUGGCGAACGACGAGAACUGUGGCAUUUGCCGGACGGCGUUUAAUGGCUGCUGCCCAGACUGUAAAGUUCCAGGAGAUGACUGCCCAUUGGUUUGGGGCCAGUGCUCCCAUUGUUUCCACAUGCACUGCAUUCUGAAAUGGCUGAAUUCUCAGCAGGUACAGCAACAUUGUCCGAUGUGUCGACAAGAAUGGAAGUUUAAGGAAUGAUGAGAAGAAUCCGCCAGGAUCAUUCAAAAUUGUUGAUUCUCAACCAAAAUAUGGAAGUAAUUAUGAACUAAAUAUGUUACGAGGAUUAAAGCAUGUCUGAUAUGUAACAUAAUGUAAAUAUCACUUCAAAUAUGGUGGAAGUUCGAAUAACUAAUGUACAUUACAGUUGGAAAGACAGAUAAACAGCCAGGUUACAGUUUUGCAUAAAAGACCAAUAUGACAUCUUGAUUGCUACCUCGUGAAGUAAAAUUUUGUCCCAUCUGCAUUACUGUACUAUGUUUUGUUUUUAAUUCGUUAUCUUAUGGAUGUAAUUUUGAAAAUAUUCAAUUCCUUUAAGGAAGGACUGCACAAUUUAAAAAAUAUAUAGACUUCAACAUUGAACGAUUGAGUUUAUUGAUUACAUCAAGUACAUAAAUAACAGCCUACUUAAACACGAGUAAACAUUUGAAUUGUUAUUGAAUGUUACGGUAGAAUAUAUGAAUUGUCAUACAUGCCUUACUGCAUUGUGAAACAACUAUCAAAUUAAAUCCAGUCACUUGAAAUUUCUUCCACUUGCCGAAAGACAUAAGGCUUCUUUAUCUGACAGGGCAUUCGAUAGCUUAAUAAUUUUCUCAACAAAUAACAGCUUGAAUAAUAUUUUUCUCUAGAAACCCCAGUUAGUUAACAGGCAGUGACUUUCCUCUUGUUAUUCAUAAUUACGCACUCCUGUAGCACUUGCCAUGUUGUGUUCACAUUUUUACAAAACAAAACUUCUACAAUAUCCACAAAUUAUUGAGUAUAUAUUUCCACAUAUAAAAAGUUGCAAGUGCAAAUGUAUAAUUGAUUACCACCACUGUUCCUACACACAGACGUUGAUUAUUUUGUUUUUAAUUAUAAUCUUAAUGAAAUAAAGCUCAGUUUUU